UUUCUCUUUGCACAACAUUACUAAAUCGGGAUGGUGGGUGGAGGUUCUGCAACCUUGACCAAUGUAUUUGUGCUGCACAAAGACUUAUUUGCUUUUCACUGAUUUCAAAAGCGCUGCUGUAACUCUGCCACGUGCAGCAAAGCUUCAAAGCCAGCUUAGUCUUCCAGUCACUCACUACUGUACAGGGGAGCUUCAGGACUAACUUACAUAUCUCUUCAUCAGUAGCAAGAAAAGUGUGUCCAGAGAGCGCUUGCCUGUGCCUGUCAUGCUUGCAGAGUAGCAGAAAUGUUAUUUAAUCCAUGUCCCAGCAGCCCUGGCCCAUACUGGAAUAAAAGUGAAAAUAAAAAACUGGACACAAAAAUAUUUGCUCAUUUGCCUCUGGAGUAAACAGCUGGAAAAGGUUUUUUUAUGAAAAAUGCUGAAUUGGUGACAAUUAGUAUAUCCCAUUUCUAACUGGAAAUAAUCACUCUGCACACUGGAGACACCUUCUGGCCUAUUGAGAGGCUUGUUGAGAGGAAUCUGCACUUUUACCUUUAUUGUGUAAGUUUUUAGAAGUGACUGAAAAAGCACUAAAGAUCUUAAGCCUGGGUGUCGAGAUGACCUCGAAGGAUCUAGCAGCUUCUGUUGUUCUACCAGCCGCCGGGAGGAAAGUGAUAUGCUCUCCACCAGCUGGAGAUGAAAAUUCUAGGAAUACUUUGGAUACUAUGGAUAUAAAAAGACGGGCAAGAGAACAAGAACAAGAGAGAACGGAGAGCAGCGGCCUUCAUAUGAAUCAGUUAAAGGGGCACUAUCUUCCAAACUCCCUUAUAAAGACUUUUUCACCAGGCAAUAAAGGUGUUAGCAGAGAAAAUCUUUCUGCAGACAAAGACAAGUGUGUACCCCAUUCUGCUGAAAAUCCCAAUGUCAACUGCAAGAUUUUGGAGAAAGCAUGCAAAGCAAACUUGCAUUUUAACCAGUGUUACAAGUCCUACAAUCCUCUAAAAGGGAAGGGCAUGUGUGCAGAACCAAGGAUUCCGGCAGUGCUGACAGAAAUUAAUUUUAAACUAGACAGGACUUCAGUGGGCGAAAGGGCUUUAAAGGGUCAACUGGAAGGGGAUGAGCCUUGCACAGAUGCUAUCAGUCACAUUCCUGCAUUACACAUCAGUUAUCCCCCUGAAAAGAGACUAUCAAAUGUUUCAUGUACCACAAAUAACAGCUAUAUUUUGGGUAACUGUUCUGAAACAGUAGGAAAAACUUGCAGCAGUCGAUAUACAGCUUGUUCUUCUACGUCAGCUCAGCCCUCCCAAAGUUGUGCCGAUACCAGCAGACCACCAGUUGUCACUUAUAAGGCAGGCCAUCAUCCAGAUAAUGAUCCAAAGAUCAAAUCGGACCCAUCAUUGAUACUUCGAAGGGACACUGUCUGCGGGACAAACCUUCCCUGUCCUAUGUCCUCUGACCCAUCUCAGGAGGCUUUGGAAGAGCUGGGUGAAUCGUUGGCAGAAGAAGAACAAUAUGAUCUAAAUGACUUUUCAAGGAAGAGGAAAGAUCGCUCCACGUUACUUUUUAGAAGGUUUUGUAAAAAUGACAAGGAAGUGAAAAAGUCUAUUUAUACAGGAACAAAUGCGAUUAUUAAAAUGUUACCCUCAGGUUACAUUGGAACAAAGGUCUGUACUGUGGAGAGGAGCCAUGAAAACACAGGGGACGGGAAGGAUUAUUGUUUUGUCUCUGGGGAUUUAACGUAUCUUCACGUAACAUUCAGAAGAAAGGAUUUACUUGACUAUUUGGUGAAAACCACUAUUUUACAGUUUUUCAAAGCAGGCCAAGCGGUCGAUGAUACAGAUGAAUUUGCUCUAUGCCCACUAGAAAAGCACUUAAUCUCAGUCUCACUUCAUGGCCAGAAGGUUUAUAACACAUGUUCAAGACAAGAUGUUCGCUCGGGAUUCCUUGCAACGCUGCACAGGACCUCAGUUUCAGACUUUAUAACCGGAGCAUUGUUGGAAGCAACUACAUCUUUGGGUGCACGAAGUGGUGGUUUGAACAUACUUCUUGGCUCAACUGGAAGGACAAUGUUGAAAGAACGCCAUCCGUGUUCAGCUAUGACAACCUCCAGUACAUCACCUGCUAGUGCAGCUGGACUAAGCAAAGAACUGGUGGAUCUGCAACACCUCAUUCAGUUCCCAGAAGAGAUUGCAAGUAUCCUCACAGAGCAAGAACAGGAGAUUUACCGGAAAGUGUUGCCUGUCGACUACCUCUAUUUCUUGACCAAAGAUCUCAGCAACGGAGAAUGUGACACUAACCUGCCAGACAUAAAGACGUCACUGUCCUCUUCACUGAGAAAACUGAGGAAUGGAGAACAUGAUGCAGUGGAAGGACUUGUGACAAGAUUUAAUGAGGUUAGCUCCUGGGUCACAUGGCUGAUUCUAACCGCAGGAUCUAUGGAGGAGAAACGAGAAGUUUUCUCACACGUCGUUCACAUUGCAAAGUGUUGCUGGAACAUGGGCAAUUACAACGCUGUCAUGGAAUUCCUGGCAGGCCUAAGGACAAGGAAAGUUUUAAAAAUGUGGCAAUUUAUGGAUCAGUCUGAUAUAGAAACCAUGCGUAGCUUGAAAGAUGCAAUGGCACAUCACGAAUCAUCAUCUGAGUACAGAAAAAUGGUGAACCGGGCCCUAAAUAUACCUGGCUGUAAGGUGGUUCCUUUCUGUGGGGUAUUUCUAAAGGAACUAUGUGAAGUUCUUGAUGGAGCAGCAAGUAUCAUCAGUCUUUGUCCUCAGUACGAUGCUCAGAGUGAAACACUGGAGUUUGUUUCAGGUUACAAUGGACAAGAUAACUUUCUCCAGCGAAUAGGGAAAGAUGGAUUAAAGAACACGGAGAAAGAGUCCACUGUGAAUAAUAUCAUGCAGACAAUUCGCAGCUGUAACCGCAGCUUGGAAUCUGAAGAAGGGGAAGACAAUCUCAGCGAGUCUGGGGGUAUGAGGAAAAGCACAGUGAUGGACAGAACUAGAUUUCAGUUUAUUAUGGGAGACUUAUCUGACUCUGAAAGUGAUAUCUUUGAGCAAUCAAAAGAAUGGGAACUGCAUAGAAGGGAAGAGCAACAGAAGGCAUUCAGCCAUGGAACAGAACUAAUUCCCUGGUAUGUGUUAUCCAUGAGAGCAGAUGUCUAUCAGUUUCUUCAGCAAGGAGUGACUGUCAUCCGCUAUGACCAGGAGACACACAUUUCUGUUCGUUGUUUCCUUCAACUCCAACCAGACAACUCCACAUUGACUUGGACAAAGCCAGCCACAACAUGCCUUGCAAACACUAAAAAUAAAUUAGGAACUGUAGGUAGCAGUGCGGAGAUUAAAUUUCAGUUCCUUGCCAAUGCUGGAAUGAAUGGACUGGCCGAAGGAUUCUUGGACUUAUUCUCUGUGAAGGCAGUUUACAUGGGACAUCCGGGAAUUGAUAUGCACACUGUGUGUGUUCAAAACAAACUAUGUAAUAUGAACCUAGAAGAAAAUGGUGUCACAUUGCUUUAUGGGCUGCAUACUACUGACAACAAAUUGCUGCACUUUGUAGCCCCAAAAUACACAGCCAGGACAUUGUAUGAUGGACUUCUGGAAUUAACCAAGGCAGUACGGAAGAUAAAGCGCUUUCCUGAUCAGAGAUUACAGUGGUUAAGGAAGCAGUAUGUUAGUCUCUACCAGGAGGAAAACAGAUUUGAAGGACCAACUUUGGCACAAGCUAUUGAACUUUUUGGAGGGCGGCGAUGGAGUACAAGGAAUACAAGCACAGGGACCUUAACCAAAGGCACAGAGAAACCAAACGUGCAGAGGAAUAACACUCUCGGCAUCAACACAGCCAAGAAGAAGAAGAAAGUGCUUAUGAGGGGUGAGAGUGGAGAGGCAGCCGAUGAUGAGAUGGCAACUCGCAAAACCAAAAGUUGCAAAGAAAGUCGCAGUAGAAGUGGCUCUGAUCCUCCAGAAAUUGAUGAGCAAGAAGAGCAAGAUCUGAACAUUAUUGCUGGAUAUUCACCAUCUCAAAUGCUUCCAUCCAGAAGAGCUCAUUCUAUGUCUACUGCUGGCUCUCCAAACUUGACACCCGGGCCAUCAAUCCCACUGCGACCUGCCUCCUCUCCUAUUUUGUCCAACUCAAACAAACCCCAGUCCAAUACAUGGAGCAGUUCAAGUUGGCACGGAAGAGUUAAAGGUGGGAUGAAAGGCUUUCAAUCAUUUAUGGUUUCAGACAGCAACAUGAACUUUACUGAAUUUGUAGAGCUUUUCAAAUCUUUCAGUGUAAGAAGUCGGAAAGACCUGAAGGACAUUUUCGAUGUGUAUGCGGUGGCGUGUAAUCGAUCUGGUUCAGAAUCCCCGCUCUAUACUAAUCUGACAAUUGAUGAGAAUGUCAGUGGAGUUCAACCCGAUUUAGAUUUAUUGACCAGGAAUGUGUCCGACUUGGGUUUAUUCAUUCGCAGCAGACAGCAACUGUCUGAGAACCAAAGGCAAAUCUCCGAUGCUAUUGCUGCCGCCAGCAUUGUAACUAAUGGAACCGGAGUAGAAAGCACAUCCCUGGGCAUAUUUGGAAUGGGAAUUCUGCAGUUUAAUGAUCUCCUGGUGAAUUGCCAGGGUGAACACUACACCUACGAUGAAGUUCUCAGCAUUAUUCAGAAAUUUGAACCAAGUAUUAGUAUGCGCCAGCAGGGGCUAAUGUCGUUUGAAGGAUUUGCCAGGUUUCUGAUGGAUAAAGACAAUUUUGCCUCAAGAAAUGAUGAGUCUCAGGUGAACGUAGAGGAACUUCAGCUGCCCCUUUCCUACUACUUCAUUGAAUCUUCACACAACACCUAUCUUACUGGGCACCAGCUAAAAGGAGAGUCUUCAGUAGAGCUGUACAGCCAGGUCCUUUUAGAGGGGUGCAGAAGUGUGGAAUUAGACUGCUGGGAUGGAGAUGAUGGCAUGCCUAUUAUUUAUCACGGACAUACACUAACUACAAAAAUUCCCUUUAAGGAUGUCAUUGAAGCUAUUGACCGAAGUGCAUUUAUUACCUCCGAAAUGCCAAUCGUACUGUCCAUAGAAAACCAUUGCUCACUGCCGCAGCAGCGUAAAAUGGCAGAUAUAUUUAAGAGUGUCUUUGGUGAAAAACUGGUGACAAAGUUUCUGUUUGAAAGUGACUUCUCGGAUGAUCCUAUGCUGCCUUCUCCGUGGCAAUUGAGAAAUAAAGUACUUUUGAAAAAUAAAAAGCUGAAAGCACAUCAAACGCCGGUGGAUAUAUUAAAGCAAAAGGCACAUCAGCUGGCGAGCAUGCAAGCACAAGCAAGUAAUGGCAGCCAAUUGGUGAGCCCUAGCGCAAACAAUGAAGAAGAAGAAGACGAAGAAGAUGAGUAUGAUUAUGACUACGAGUCUCUUUCAGAUGCUGAUGUCCUUAAUGCUUCCCCUGCUCCUAACAGCCAGGAAGAUAAUAUCCUUGAUGAGCGAUCUGAAACUAAAAUCAACAGCGACAAACUGCAGUUUGAAUACAAUGAGGAAGCUCCGAAGAGAAUCAAAAAGACAGAUGGCAUCAGCAUUAACACUAAAGGAAAGGUCUAUGACAUGGAGUUGGGUGAAGAGUUCUAUCUUCCACAAAACAAAAAAGAGAGCAGACAAAUUGCCCCCGAACUGUCAGACCUUAUUAUCUAUUGCCAAGCUGUCAAAUUUCCUGGCCUUACAACAUUAAACCCAUGUGGGUCUGGCAGAGGAAAGGAAAGAAAAAGCAGGAAGUCCAUUUUUGGCAACAACCCCGGCAGAACCAGUCCUGGGGAACCGACAGCACUUGCCAAAACAUCUGGAAAAGGUACCAAUGAAACACGGCAGAGCUGGGAAGAGCCGUGUUCUCCUCCCUUUAACCCCAGCACCUCAAUCAGUGCAAUAAUCAGGACACCCAGGUGUUACCAUAUCUCUUCCCUGAAUGAGAAUGCCACCAAGCGUUUGUGCCGAAGGUAUUCUCAGAAACUCAUCCAGCAUACUGCGUAUCAGCUGCUCCGAACAUACCCUGCUGCCACUCGGAUAGACUCUUCCAACCCACAUCCUCUUAUUUUCUGGCUUCAUGGUGUACAGCUGGUUGCUCUGAACUACCAAACUGAUGAUCUCCCCAUGCAUCUGAACACAGCCAUGUUUGAAGCCAAUGGUGGUUGUGGAUAUGUACUAAAGCCGCCUGUGCAAUGGGAUAGGACCUGCCCAAUGUACCAGUUAUUCUCGCCAUUAGAACGAGAUUUAGAAAAUAUGGAACCAGCAAUAUAUUCUUUGACAAUAGUCUCAGGGCAAAAUGUGUGUCCGAGUAACAGCUCAGGCAGCCCCUGCAUUGAAAUUGAUGUCCUGGGCAUGCCAGUGGACAGCUGCCAUUUUCGAACCAAACCCAUCCAUCGCAAUACCUUAAACCCUAUGUGGAAUGAGCAAUUCUUAUUCCGGAUUUACUUUGAGGAUCUUGUGUUUCUUCGGUUUGCUGUGGUAGAGAAUAACAGUUCUGCUGUAACCGCUCAAAGAAUUAUCCAUCUUAAAGCUUUAAAGAGAGGUUACAGACACCUUCAGCUGAGAAAUUUACAUAAUGAGUCCUUAGAGGUUUCUACCUUAUUUAUAAACAGCAGGAGAAUGGAAGAGAUUCCUAAUGGAAAUACCUUACCCGCCUCCUUGUUUUUCAGCUCAGAAGAAAGGAAGGCUCCAGCCACAUUUAAAGCUACAGUUCAUGGCAUUCCUGGGCCUGAACCAUUUACAGUCUUUGAAAUCAGUCUUGGGACCAAUGCAAAGCAACUUCUUGAUCAAAUUUUGGCUACUAUACAAGGCAAUGAAGCAGAUAUCACUGACUAUUUUUUGAUGGAGGAAAAAUGCUUUGUAUCUAAAGACAAAAAUGAAUGCAAGAAAUUGCCGUUCCAGCGAGUGAUUAGUCCAGAAGAAGACAUCCUGCAAAUUCUAAAUAGUUGGUUUCCAGAAGAAGGAUACGCGGGGAGAAUCAUCCUUAAAACACGAGAGGAAAACAUGAAUGACAAAAAUGUUCAAGAGGACAAAGAAGAGAAAGAGGUGACCGUGAGCUCAGAUGACGAGAGCUUCUUUGUCCAGGUCCAUGAUGUUUCCCCUGAACAGCCGCGAACUGUUAUCAAAGCCUUACGAUUCAGUACAGCUCAGGAAGUUAUCCAGCAGGCUUUAAGCAAGGCUAAAUAUUCGUACAGCAUCCUGAGCAACCCUAAUCCUAGUGAUUAUGUUCUUCUGGAGGAAGUCAUGAAAGAAGCUUCAAAUAAGAAAUCUUCUACCAGCAAAACAAUUCAGAGGGUUCUCUUGGAUCAGGAGUGCGUAUUCCAAGCACAGAGCAAGUGGAAAGGAGCAGGGAAAUUCAUUCUUAAACUGAAGGAACAGGUCCAGGCGGCAAGAGAGGACAAGCGCAAAGGGCUGUCUAUAGCCAGUGAGCUGAAGAAGCUAGCAAAGUCCAGCCGGCAAUCUCGGAACUUCACUUUGUCACCUCAGAUAUUGUCAUCAGAAGGUACCCAGAAUAGGGAUGAAAAACCUGCAUGCAGUUUGUCCUUCAGUGACAUCAAUGAAUAGCAACUGUAUGUGUUUGCACCAUAUUCCUUGCAGAUGCCAGUGAAAGCCCUGAACCUAUAAAACGAAAAACACAGGAAAAGCCUUCGGCAGAUAAUGGAGUAAAAGUGCAUCAGACCUGCUGCAGGAGGUCUUCUGCUGCCUGGUACUUUCUGUUGCUGAAGAACUGGAAGCUGCCAAAAUGAUCCGAUGAAGAGCACUCAAUGGGAAGUUGUAUGAUGAGAUGUCUCUUGCAGUUGUGUGUACAACUACAUGCUUUCUUUGGGGUCUGGUACGGUAGCGAGAGGAAGGUUCUAGCAAGUACCUGUGUGUAGCUACACAAAUGGAAGGAACCAGCAGGCCCCAAUCAGUAGGUUGAUUUAGGAGAGGAGAACCAGAAAGGCUUGUUCAGUGAGAUAAGGAGAGAAACGUUAAAGGGAACCAGUUAAUAUUAAGUACAUUGUGUUACUAUGUUGCUCGUUCUUGGCAACACAUCUAAGGGCAGCUUGUGAGGCACAAUCACUGAGCACAGAAUUGACAGAAAUACUCAACACAUUAUGUGCUGUUGGCUUUUUCGCAAGCAAAAUCACAACAAAGGGUCGGUUCAGACAUUUGUUUCCAAUAUAUAUAUAUAUAUAACUACCUAGUAGUGUUACGAGGGCAACACCGUUCUAAUUAAAGUGUCAUUUUUGCCGCUGUCACAAGUGUUCUUUAUUGUACUUGGAUAGUUUAAAUAUAGCCUUGUGGUAAAUAUAUUUAACAAAAAAACAAUGAUUGUGGUCUUCAAACCAAAUUGCGGGGAUCUCCUUUCAAAUCGCAUUGUUUGUAUUCAGACGUGGACUCGACAGUUCUAGGUAACAUUGCACUACAAUAUUGUGAUAUGAAGGAUUUUUCUUUUGGAGCCGUGUGUAUUUGUAACUGCCGAUUGACAGUUCAUGAUUGGAUAACACAAUGCCUUCCUUUCUUGUAGCUGAUAGGCUAACCGCUGUGGUUUUAAUUCCAUCAGCAUUGAAUAAGUGAAUAUUGUGUUUUGUGCUCCAAAAUCUAUCCCUGUGUCGCCAAUAUUUAUGCAAUAUUUUAAAUAUUUUAAAUAUUUUAAAUAUUUUAAAUAAGCCCCUAAGAUGCAGAGAUCUGCUACGAGGCGCAUCUGUGCACCUUAUGGAUCAAACUUAACCCCUUUUUUAUCCCCACAACUUUUUAAUUUUAUAAGGAGUUUGUUUACAGUUUUAUUUUUUUGUGUAACAGUUUAUAAUAGCUGCACCAUGUGUUGGCCAUGUCUAUUUAACCUUUCCGGGUGCCCUACUGGCUUUGAAAUUUGAGUUCAUUUUGCGUUUGUAUUCUAGAAAAGGCGCUAUAAUGGAAAUGGGUCAUUGACACCAAAUGGAAUUCUUUAGAAACUAUUUCCUAGGGUUUUUCUUAAGAAAGUAUUUAACAAUCAGAGAAAAAACUAUUGACACUCAACACUUUUUUCAAUGAACAAAUUUUACCAGUGGGCUAAACUGGGCUUUUAUCCACAUGCCAUGCAGCGCAGGGUUUUUGUGUAAUGAUCUGUAUAGCUGCAAGUAGCAGAAUUUAUUUCUCUGUGCAGAUUAUUACACAGGCAGAGUGUUUAGAGACAUAAAUAGUACAGGUAUGGGACCUGUUAUACAGAAUGCUUGGGACCUGGGGUUUUCCAGAUAAUGAAUCUUUCUG